AAAGGGAUAUCACUUUGUCUUGCGUUCACAUGUGUCUUUCGAUUUUCAUUCUCAAUUAAUCCUUUUAAACAUCUGUUCUUCCGUCUCUAGUCUCUAGUGUAUGACAUGCUUCCAUAUCAUACUGCUCUUUUGAUUUGGAAUCUGUGACUUGAUCCAUUUUACUCUCACCUACAUCCGUUUGCCAUCCUGCCACACGUUGGCUCACCAAGUAUGGUGACACAUUGCACUUUGCUGCUGCAGUCAUGUCCGCUGGCACGUCCAUUCAUUCGAUGAAGAAGAAACCAUCUGCUCAUAGCUGCAGGCCAAGCACCAAGAUGUGUAUUCGGGAACAACGGGGGUUCAUAACGAUGUCGUCUGCAGAGGUAAGCUGGCCGGUUCCGAUGCGAGCCAUCGGGGCUCAGAACCUCCUCACCAUGCCAGGAGGAGUUUCCAUCGCAGGAUACCUCCACAAGAAGGGAGGCAGCCAGUUCAGCCUCAUGAAAUGGCCACUGAGGUACAUCAUUAUCCACAAGGGCUGCGUGUACUACUUUAAAAGCAGUACCUCUGCUGCACCACAAGGAGCGUUCUCCCUCAACGGUUAUAACAGGGUGAUGAGAGCAGCGGAGGAGACAACUUCCAGUAAUGUUUUUCCUUUUAAGAUCGUCCACUUCAGUAAGAAACACAGAACAUGGUUCUUCUCUGGAGCCAGCGAGGACGAGAGGAGGAAAUGGAUGCGAUACCUGCGAAAGGAGAUCAAUUACUAUAACGACAAAAAAGAAUCUCACAUUUCAAGUGACAAUGAUUCUGAUUCAGACAGCUUUUAUGGCACGAUUGAGAGGCCCAUGGAUAUUAAACAUUCUGCUGACACCACAGAAGAUGACUACGUUGAAGAUGAUGACGAUGAAGAUGAGGAAGACUAUCUAAAGCCUGACGAUGACUGUUCACCAACAUCUACAGGUAGACCAACAGCGCCACCCCCCUCCUAUCCUCCUCCACCAGUGCCGGGAGUUUUCCACCCCCAACAAGACUGGAGCACAGGUUUCCAUAAAGGCCCGCCUCCAGCUGUUCCACCACUCAACAGAAUUCCAACCAUAUCUCUUCCCAAAAACCCACCCCCUCUUCUACCCCUUCCCCCGCUUAAUAGGGACCUUGGCAAGGGUCAACUCCCUCCUCCACCAUUUCCCCCUCCAGUGCACAAGUCCCCAUCUCCUACUCGUCCUCCUAGUCUUCCUCCUGAUCAAAGAAGAACUUCUCAAUGCAGGACAACUUCCACAGCGGGGGGCAGGAAUGACAGUAGAGACUGGAGGCCUCCUUCAGUGUCAGUGCAACUGCAUUCCCCUGCCACUCUCCCCAUCUGUGAUCAGUUAGAGACCAGGAUGUCUCUAAAUGGUUCGGUCCACUGCCCCUUUAAUUCUGUUGGGAGCCAGUCAUUGGGAAGCAAACAUCGCAAACCAAGUGUAACACCUCCACAAACUGCAAACAUUGGAGGGUCUUCUCUGCCCCACAACCAGACAUUCUCUAAUCCAUCAAUGGGUGGACGACCUCCAGUCUCACUGCAACCUAAAACCGGAAUGCACAAUAAGCCAGUGAUACCUAUUCCAUCGAAACCACCUUUGGUUGCAGCCAAGCCCAAGCCAGGAGCCCCCCUUCAAAGAGCGUCUCCAGAUGGCCAGAGUAUCCGCUCACGGGGGGAAGAGACAGCCCCCGAGUUCAGGAGGAAACGAGACAGCGCCAGAAACAGCAGAGGAGAAGAUGACGAUGGCGACUAUGAGAACAUGCAUCUGCCAGACUCUGUGUUCAUCGAUUCCACUGAAACCACCUUUGUAGAAAAGCUAUUCAAAGAAUGGGCCAUUUCUCCACCAGAUGGACUGUAUGGCAUCAGAAACUCAGGAACAAAAACAUCAAAGGUCCUGGUGGUUUGGGAUGUCAGUAUAAGCAAAGCCAGAAACUACAGACUGUUUGAAGAGGGGGAUUGCAUAUAUCUGGAAAGUGAAGCGACCUUCCCCAAUCUGCCAGUUCUGAUUGAACACUACUUCAGCCAUCCUCUUCCUCACCAUGGCUCACUCUGCCUGCAGCAGCCUUACACAAGGACGCCCAGCUCCCUAGUACACUCAAAAACAGCUUAUUAAGACUCAAAUGGCACCAACUGGACAUGUAAUAGAUGCUUUAACAAAAUAUUUUACAAAAGAGUGUAUCCCAUAUAGGUAUUAUGAAGUGUUAAUUUAUUUGUUCCCCUGUUUGUAUUGGGUUCUGGAUGGACAUAUCUAAGACUUCCAUUUUUUCUGUAUGCUUAGGAGUUAUUAUAACAUCUUUCCUGCUCUCUGCUAACCAUAAAGAAUCAACCUGAAGCGAGAACAGAAAGGUCCCGUCUGGUCAGUUUGACGGGUGUAUUGCACAUGUCCACAGAGGGGCGCUGUGAUACCACAUUUCCAACAGUAUACUUUAGCCAGAUCAACCUUACAGCCUUAUAUUUCAGUAUUUGUGCACCAAGCAAACAUAGCAUGUCAUUAUUUUGCAUGGCAUUUAAAAAAAAUAAAAUGACUCAAUUCUUUUGAUGCAUAGAUAUGCACUGAUGCAAUCUGUCUCACCAAGAUUAAUAUAUUUCAGUUUCAGAGAUAAAGAUUAACGAUGCCUUUUUGUGUUAAUCAGUAUAUUCUUAUAUAACACACAAUUACCUGGUUUGCACAUUUACCUGGUGAUGCAUAAAAAGUAUUUAGGUAUGUUACACGUGCAGGAGCAAAGUAGAGGAGCAAAUGAAUGUAUCUACUCGUCAUAUCCUCAGCGAUCGUUACAACCAAAUAAAACAAUUAUGUGUCACUCCAAGAGACAGAAAUAAUGAAAGAAUGAAUUAGAGGGCUGCAAUAUCAUUAUGUACUCUGUAUACUCUUAUUUCUUUAUCGAUUAACAGGCAAUCUCUUGUUCGGGUGCUGAAUCCAAAAAACAAAAGCGAGUGGUAUUUAGCAAUAUUGGAAGAUGUCAUAAGGUCAAUAACUUCCUGCUUAUGAAGAAAAAAACUAAGUUUAAUUUUUUACUUUUAUGUCAUUGUAAAAUGUUAAUAAUAAAUGUGUUGUUUUUUUAAGCGAAAAAUUCUGCACAAUUUGUUAAUAAUGGAUUUUCUCAUGUAAAAGUUUUGCUUAUGUAUUUAUAUUAAAAGUUUGUAUGUAUUGUACAAAAAC